AUGAACUUGGAUCCUUUUACAAAUAAUCAUGAUAAUGGACCAAAAUCUUGUAGAGUUAAUUUUGUUGAACAAUCUAUUAAUCAAAUAGUAAUAAAUUCUAAUAUCACUGAAGAAGAUAUUGAAGAUUCACAGGUUGAUAAAGAGUUAUAUACUCAACUUAUAAGUAUCUUAGAAAAUUUGAUCGAAAUUCUUAAAGAUCAGCAAGAUAAAAAAAAUUUCUGA